AUGUUCUAUUUAUUCUUCAUUUUUUUAAUUUAUGCUAAUUAUGCAUUUGCAUAUGAACAAGUUGUUCCCGAGAAGUCGCCAUAUCCUUUUAAGGACAGAAAAAUGACAGGAAAUGAGCAGUUGUUGUUCGUUCAAACUGUCUGGAGACAUGGAGAUCGAGCCCCAGUCAUGACGUAUCCUCUCGAUGAACAUCAAGAAAGUGCUUGGCCGAAUGGAUGGGGAGAGCUGACUACUCUCGGGAUGAAACAGCAGUAUGCCUUGGGCAAAGUGCUCAGGAAACGAUAUAUCGAUGAGAAGUACCAGUUCAUCAGCAAACGCUAUAAUCCAAAAGAGAUCUAUAUUCGAUCAACAGAUGUUAACCGAACUCUAUUAUCAGCUUAUUCUAACAUUGCGGGCAUGUUCUCACAGGGACAACAAGGAGCCGAUUAUCCGAACGAUGAAAACUGGCCAAACCAUUGGACCCCAAUCCCAGUUCAUACAAUUCCAACCGAUAUGGAUCACGAAGGAAAUGUGUUUGCUCCAUGUCCACGUGCCAACCAAUUGGACGAAAUCAUCCGAGCCAGUGACGAGUAUGUUGGCUUGAUCGAGGAAAAUAAAGAGUUCCUCUCAUUCUUAUCCGAAAACACGGGAAUGAACAUCGAGAUGCCAAUCGUUUAUUUGAUAAACGAUGUUCUUCACAUUGAGAAAAUUUACAAUUUAACAUUACCAACAUGGGCAACUGAUGAAGUCAUCGCCAAACUCCGUAACUUGACGGAAUUCGCUAACAUGUACAAUUAUGGAAUUUCUGAACCAUACGUUCCUGAGAUGAUUAAAUUACGAGGAGGUCCAAUGUUGAAGUUUCUGGUAAAUCAAUUAAGUGCAAAAUACAGCUGUUUUUUGAAGAACAAUGAAGGCGAGGGCUGUGAAUGGCUCGGACCACUCAAGUAUCAUGCUUAUUCUGCUCAUGAUACAACUAUUGCUGCUCUACUAUCAACAUUGGGAGAUGAAACACGUGUAAUAAGAGGAGGUCUACCUAAGUAUACAGCUUCUGUUGCCAUAGAAUUAUGGCAUCUAGGUCCUAAAGAAGGAGCUGCUCUUCGUAUACUAUUCCAUGGAGCUUUCCAUCAUAACUAUCAUGUAAUAACACAUCUAACUAAGGGAUGUCCUGAUAACAACGAGUUUUGUUCUUUGAAGACGUUCAUCAAGCGUAGUCAGCCGUUUAUCCCAAAAAAUUUGGAGAAAGAAUGUGUUCGUAAAGAAGUUAACAAUCGAACAACAAAAUCUUUCAAAUAUAUUUAA